UUUGUUUUAUUUUUUAUUAUUAAUUUAUUAUUAAUGAUGCAAAUUGAACUAUUUUUCACUGAUGAUUAUAAAGCAAAUUAUUUGACACAUUAUUAUGUUAUAUAUUUCACAUAAAAUUGUUAUUUGAUAUAUCAUUCAACAUUUUCUCUUUGAACAGUUGAUUCCGAUCGAUGAAACUAUGGCAACGUUAAGAAAACAAAUCGCUGUCACUGUCUAUCGUGAAGGCAAGCGCGUCGGAGGGAAUAUUCCUUCUUUCCUUCCUGUCAUUAAUCUACAUAGAUCGCACGUCGGAUAAAAACCGUCGUGCAACUUGUCCCCUCCCGGUCUAGCCACACUCGUCGUCAUACAGACCCUAAGGGCAAUCGUCGAAGGACGUGCCGAUGGCCGUUCCUCGGCGCCGACUAUGGAUAUCAAGGACAGCAGCGACGAGGAUGACGAGGGAACGCACAUCACAGCGUUCGGUAAAUUCGACGAGGCGAUCGUGGUGCGUAACGCCGAGGAGGUCAAGAGCCCGGUGAGCCGCGGCCCCGCGAGUUCCCGAAGGACCAGGAAGAGCGUGACAAGUGACAGCACAAACACAUUGGCCUCCAACUCGCCGCGUGGCGGAGGCGGCGGCGGUCAGGAAUUCAGGAGAUACUCGACAGGCAAUGAUAUCGGCUUCGAGAAAUCGAUGGGGAUCGGCAGCGAUCCUUCGGAUAGCGAGGAGAGCGACGAUGAUGACAUCCAGGGCAGCAGCGCCGCAAAGCCGAUUGACCUGUACGAUCCCAAGGAGUUCGAGAAUUUAGAGACCUCGACGGAAGUCAAGGAGUUGUUCCAGAAUAUCAUAAGGUACACGCCGCAGAGAAUCGAGCUGAAUUACAAGCUAAUACCGUUCAUCCCCGACUACAUACCAGCGGUCGGCGACAUAGACGCCUUCAUAAAGGUGCCUAGGCCUGACGGAGUAGAAGAUAAGGUCGGCCUUACGGUACUAGACGAACCAUGUACCGAUCAGUCGGACCAGGCGGUGCUGCAUCUGCAGCUGCGGAAUCAUUCGAGGAGCGCCGGCGCUGCUGCGAGGCAGGCGGUUGUCAAGAGGAUCGAAGACGCCGAGAGGAAUGGCAAGUCGAUCGACAAAUGGAUCGACGACAUGAAUCAGCUGCACAGGAGUAAACAUCCCCCGGGGGUGCAGUUGAGCCGCGCGAUGCCGGACAUCGAUGGGCUGAUGCAGCAGUGGCCGCCGCAGGUGGAGGAGAAGCUCAACGAGCUGCAGCUGGAUUUGUUGGAGCUCGACUGCGAAUUGCCACAGUUGGUCGACAUAGUUUGUAAUCUCCUGGAUAUUCCUACGCGCGAGGAUGCCCGGCUGGAGGCCCUCUACACGCUGUUCACGCUGUACUUGGAAAUCAGAAACGUCGAGAAUCAGAAUUUCAGUUAGCGUUAGAUUCGUAGUUAGGCUGUAAGAAGCGUGUCCGAUUCUGAAAGUUAUAUUUUCUGUAACGUCUACGUCAACAUUCAUUGUAAUUUCCAUACAAAUGCUAAUUAUACCGACUUGAUAGAUGUCA